GUGGAAAAAAAGUGAGCAGCUUUGGUGCAGAGCAUAGCGAUGGCGGCCAACUGGGGAAGGAAAACCCUGCAAUUAGCUUCGUCUUCUACGAGAACCCUAUUCUCUCGUCGAUCUUCACCUCCCUCUGUCUCUUCUUCCUAUGCCACCAACUUCAACGGGCUUUCUUCUCCGCACAAACGCGCACUCUCGUUUUCCCGGGUUCCGGUACAGUUGGCUGGUGCACAAGUAUCUUUGACCCCGCUUCAUAGUGUUACUGCCUCUGCUUUGUUCACUUCUCUCCUCUCUUUGCACAAUACCAACUGGGGUUGCCUUUCAGAAGGUUUUGCUACACCUCUAUAGCAUGGCCAAUGAUAUCUUGCUUUUAGACCAUCCAGAUACCAUUAGGUGCAGGUUUUGUUUCAAUACUUGUUUCUAGUAGGUUCUGCGAUUAAUAAUGUAAUUUGAUUAAUUUUUCUCUACCUAUUGAGACUGUCAAAGUGCACUGUUGUCAUGCUGACAUUUACAAGGUGUUUUUGCUGUUCGAGCUUUCAGAAAGACCAGUCUAUUCCUGAUGACUAACCCUCCAAUUCUGGAAAAUUUUCCAUGUAAAAUGUAUGCGAGUUUUU